CGGCAAGAACGAUGCAGAAGUCAACCUCGGCUUCCUUUUCAAAGAACCGGUGCGGGUGUGCGGAGAGAAGACGGAGUUCCCUCGAUAUACGGAGUACGCAUCGCAUCCAAUCUGACCGUCACCCGCGCCUAAUGACCAAGACCGCUCACAGCCAUUCAAUUCAACCUAUUUUCUUCCAACCCCGAGGCGGCCGUAAGUAAUCAAUUCACCUUUCUUGGACACAAAACUUGCCUAUCCCAUAAUCCAAACCGUCGACGACCUAUCUACCAUCGAUACAAGGGCACUGCUGCCCAACGUUGGUUGUCGUAUACCUCAUAAAUUGACAACCACACGAAAUCACCCAUACCUCCUAGCCAACAUGUCCAACGCCGACUCUUCGCACCCUGACCCUGCGGUCGUGCCUCAGGAGCCCUCCGAGGUUGAAAAGAAAGCUGUUGAGCCAGUCCAGCCUGCACAAUCACCUGCUCUGACCAAGUUACCUGGCACGGUCUCAACCACUUUCUCAAAAGCCGAUGCUCUUCUGCUCCGGCUCAGCAAACUGCUCAAGACCACUGCCGGCCUGGGUGCUAGUCUGUCCACCCUCAACUAUUCCAUCUACCUCGCCGCCUACCUGCAUUCAGUCUCGCCGACUCGUGCUGCUGUCAUUGCAUAUAUUUCGCGCCUCGUAGGCCGGACUCCAUCCAAAGCAGCCCUGGCCGUCCCAGCCAGCGCUGCGUUACCAACCUUCCUUACCCCCCUCGGUGCAAUGAUCUCCGAUCUGCGAACCACCUUGCGUUUGACAGGACUUCUUCCUUUGUACAUCUGGCUCAAGACUCUGCUGUCUAAGAAGACGUCCAAGGACAUGGACCCAGCCCUGCACCGCAUUGCUCUCCUGCAAGUUGCCGGCUAUAUUGGAUUCCAACUGACUGAGAACCUGUAUCAUCUGGCCGGCAAAGGUGUAAUCCCAGUCUCCAUCAUGGAGAAGCGAGGCGGAGUGGCCAAGUGGGUUGCUUGGAGUUGUCGUGCCUGGCUUGUCGGUGUUGCUUCGGACUUCCUCCGUCUUUGGAGAGAGGCCGAAAUCGAAAAGUCCAAGACAAAGACACAGCAGGAAAAGGAAGACUUUGAUCGCAAAUGGUGGAACGAGUUUCUGACCGCCGCUUACUGGCUCCCCGUCGCCCUCGAGUACAGCAACUACCCCGCGGGUGUCGGCUUGAACCAGGGCGCCAUUGGAUUUUUGGGCCUCAUGGCCGGACUGAACAACUUCAGAAAUGCUUGGGCCGCCACCGCUUAAGCUGAGCGGACUUGUGUGUGAGAUAGGUGAAAAAAAAGGGGGGGUCAUGGAGGAAUCAAGCAAGAUAAAUACACAUGCUCAUUCACAUACGGCCUCGACCAGCUCAACUUGAUGGCGGGUUAUCUGCAUUGGUGGUCUAUAUAGGGGUGAACUUACUCCUAGGGAUUUAUUCCUUUUUUCAAUUAGGACGGAAAUAGCACAGCCAUGUCAAGUUCUUCAAGUGGA